CUGGCAAAACUUCACUCCGGGGUAAAAGAGAAUUAUUUCCGAAAAGUUCAUUGGUUUAAAUCCGACUUCCGACGUAAAUAAAAGAUGUCGGAAGGGAAAGAGGAGCCGAAACCUAAAACAGAGUAUAUUGAUGGACAAAAUAUUCCGAAUGUGUGGUUGGUUCGGCCAUGCGAAUCCUACAAAGAUGAAUACACAGAAUGUGCUUCUAUUAAAGGGCGCUUUCACCAGUACUUUAUUUUCGGGGAAAACAGUGAUUGCACACAGUGGCAGACAGAUUUUGAAAAUUGCAUGAAAUAUCGUCUUCAUAAUGACAUCCCUGCAUUGGAAGCAGUCAUUCAAAGUGAAUCAAAACGACGUUACGAAAGGUUGGCCCCCCACUAUUAUAAUGACGUUUGGAAGCACCGUACGAACCCACCGGAAGACUGGAACAAACCACUGCCAGCGAAAAUGCAAGAGGAAUAUAAAAACACCUAUCUUGAUCACAAGGCUCGCGAGUAUAAAGCAUCCCAGACGUGAAGGGAAUUUUUACUGCUGACAGCUGUUCAUAGUUUUCUAUAGUAGUACAAGAUAUAUCCUUAAUGAAACAAAAAAAAAGCGCAAUUUUCUUUA